CUUCCUUCCUACUCGCUAGGCGGCGUCUUUCUUCCUGUAGGGUUUUCGCGGCAACUCAGAUGCAUUGCUGCUUCUUCCCGACUCUCCUUUUUUCAAUUGUUUUUUACGUUCUUUCAUGUGAUCUCGGCGGGUUUCUACGGAUACCGUCCGAGUUUCUUCCACAGGCAGUAUUUUAGCUUCUGCUUGAAAGCCCUUAUGCAGAACAUUUUGUUUCAUACUUUCAGGAUUUUCAGUAGAUUGAGUCUUCUUCAAUAUAUAAUUAUGAUUUAGGUUGAACUGUGAAUAUGAAUUGGUUCUACUGUUUAUCCUGCAACUACUACUUCAAGGUUCAGAAUCUGCACAUGAUUUUGUGCCUUAGUGUUACACAUUGUCGAGGUCACAAGGAAUUGUAUUAGACCUUUUAUGCAGGGCUUUUAGAUCAGAUGCUGAUUGCUUCCGUAGGUGACCAAUAGAAUCGAGCUGAUGUAUACAUAAAAGUGAUCCAGCUUAGUCCACCCUCUGCUCCCUUCCCCUGCUUUGCUUUUUGAUCUCUCCUCUUCUCUGAUCUUGUUGUAUUUUUAAGCAGUUUAAACUCUGCAGAGUAAAUGAGAAAAGUCUUCUUAACUUUUCUAUUUAGUUUGCUAAUCAGUGGGCUUUGUCCUUUCAGCCCUGCAGAUGCAAGCCCACAAUCUGUCCUCUUAAACAAAGGCUGCAGCCAAUACAAUGUGGCCAACACAGCUACUUUCUUCCAAAACCUUAAUUCCUCCUUCAAUGAUCUACGUGCCCAAUUGAAUUCGAAAAAGUUUGCCACAACCGAGAAAGCCCAAGGGUCAGACCCAGUCUAUGUCUUAGCACAGUGCCGGGACUACCUCUCUACAUCUGACUGCUUGUCUUGUUUCACAACAGCUGAACUUCAGAUACGCAAUUGUUCAUCUGCAAACGGUGCUAGAGUCAUCUAUGAUGGCUGUUUCAUAAGAUAUGAAAGCAAUAAUUUCUUUGACCAGACAACCUUACCAGGAAAUGUUGCCUUGUGUGGAAACCAGACUGCAACCCAGAAAGGGACCUUUAUUCAACUUGCUGAUAGAGUCUUAAGUGAUCUAGCUUCUGCGACUCCAAAAAUCCAUGGUUAUUUUGCUGCUGUAAAGUCCGAAGGAAGUCAGAAUACUGUUGUGUAUGCUGUUGCCCAAUGCAUACUGACUGCUUCUGAAAGUGAAUGUACGAAUUGCCUGAAUGUUGCGUAUACCAACAUAAAAAGUUGUCCACCAGAGGCUGAUGGACGAGCUGUGGAUGCUGGGUGUUUCAUGAGAUAUUCAAGUUCACCUUUCUUUUUGGACAACCAGACCGUUGAUAUCACAAGUUUCCUCGGCAAAAAUGGUUCAAGCAAGAAAUAUAUCCUUGGAGGUGUCCUUGGUGGAGGAGCUCUAGUUGUUAUCUUAGCUCUUUCAUUCUUCAUUUUUUGGCGGCAAUCCAGAAAAGCACCUUCUGCUAAAGGAGACAUAUUAGUUGCGACUGAACUGCAAGGCCCAAUGAACUUCCAUUAUUCUGAUCUUAGAACUGCCACAAGUAAUUUCAGCCUAGAGAACAAGCUUGGUGAAGGAGGCUUUGGGGAGGUUUACAAGGGUAUCCUUAAGAAUGGAAAGGUGGUAGCUGUCAAGAAACUAGCAAUAGAGAAGUCACAGAAGGCAAAGGAUUCAUUUGAGGGUGAAGUGAAACUUAUUAGCAAUGUGCAUCACAGGAAUCUUGUUCGGCUUCUUGGUUGUUGCAGCAAAGGCCCUGAUAUGAUGCUUGUAUAUGAGUACAUGCCCAACAAAAGCCUUGACAUAUUCUUAUUUGGUGACCAGCAAGGCACACUAAACUGGAAGCAGCGGUUUGGCAUAAUUGUUGGGAUGGCAAGAGGCCUUGCAUACUUGCAUGACGAAUUCCAUGUGUGCAUUAUACAUCGCGACAUCAAGUCAAGCAAUAUACUUCUUGAUAACGAUUUUCAGCCUAAGAUUGCUGAUUUUGGACUUGCAAGGCUUCUUCCAGAAGGCCAAAGCCAUCUUAGCACCAGAUUUGCAGGAACCUUGGGUUACACUGCACCUGAAUAUGCAAUCCAUGGGCAAUUGUCAGAGAAAGUGGACACUUACAGCUUUGGUGUGGUUGUCCUGGAAAUCGUAAGUGGUCGAAGGAGCAAUGACAUAAAACUGGAGCCCGUUACUCAAUAUCUGCUUGAGUGGGCAUGGAGAUUAUAUGAGUCAGACUCACUUUUAGAAUUAGUGGAUCAGCACUUUGACCCAAAUGAGUUCACAGAAGAGGAAAUGAUUAAGGUGAUUAAGAUAGCGCUUCUUUGUACCCAGUCUGCUGUCUCCAUGAGGCCAACAAUGUCCGAGGUGGUAGUUAUGCUCCUAAAUAAAGGGGAGUUGGGUUUGAGCAAGCCAACAAGACCAACUUUCAUAGAUGCCACAAACAGAGUUCGUGGUGAUACAUCUACAUCAAGUGCCUCAUGCAAAUCUAACGCCACAAUGUCAAUGUCCCUUGGAGCUCGUUGAGUUCUCUUCCUCCUCCUCAUAUUCUUCCAGGCCACAGGAAGCUGGUAAAAGUCUGGUUCAGUUAAGUAAGCACCAUUCGUCCAUGGUCUUCUUUUUCGUCAGUAACUUGUAUGUCUUGUUGUGUGGUGAUGUUGAAAUUUAUCUAUCUAAAAGAAGAAUGAUGGUUAUAAUUUGAGCAUAUAUGUACAUGUGAAAAUGAAUGUUUGCCCAGUAAUGUAAAUGUUUAUCCAUUGUUAUAUAAAAAAAUAUUAUGUUGUAUUUGUU